AUGAAGACAGUGAAUGGUUAUAUCAUGGAGUAUUUGGAGUGGUUUCAGCAUGAAUGUUACCCAACCCAGACAGAACUUUACAACCGCAAUUACGACAGGAUGAACCUCCGCAGCACGUUGAGGAACAAGGUUAAAGAGAGAGCAGCCUUUCACCAUAUUGUUAAGGAAAAACUUAGAGAAUUGUGGAUAAAAGAGAACAAGGAAACAGGCAUAGCAUUAGAGGAAGAAGUGAAAGACCCAAAUUACGAACCACCAUUAACAGGGGCGGUAUCAGAGUCGGAGCCCGAAAAAGAACUGGAAAAAAAGAGAGUGGGUAGGGAUGAUACCUCAGUAAAGAGAAUACGAGAGAAAGGCAAAGAGGACUUACAGAUAGAAGAUAAUCGCGAACAACUGGAACAAGACAAGGAGGAAGAGGAUGCUGACCUAGUGAAGGGAAAGAGAAAAAAGGAAACAAUGGGAAGAAAAGCUGUUAGCUCGGUGAAGAGAAGGUGAGAGGGAGACGACGUUGAGCAAGAACAUUCUGACAAGGGUGAACUGCGUGCUGUUCUUUUUGCAACCACCAAGGAAAAUGAUCAACUAGAAGAAGAGGAGGAUGAGCAACAGGAAAAAAAAAAAAGAAAACAAACAAAAAAAAACCGGAAGGGAAAAAAAAAAAAAAGAAAAGAGGGGAAGCAAAAGAAAGGAAGAGAGAGAGAAAGUAGCGGAAAGAAAAUGCUGUUCUUUUUGCAACCACAAAAGAAAAAGAAAAAAAAAAAAAAGAGGAGGAAAAAAUAAAGGAAAAAAAAAAAAAUAAAACAAACAAAAAAAAACCGGAAGGGAAAAAAGAAAAAAAGAGAAGAGGGGAAGCACAAGAAAGGACGAGAGAGAGAGAGUAGUGGAAAGAGAAUCCAUUACGUUGAAAGGAGAUGCCCCAUAUGUAAAAAUAAAGUAAAAAAUCUUCCCCGCCAUCUCAGGAAUCUUCACGUGCAAAAAAACGAACAAGUUCCAGCUUAGAGAGUUAAAGCCUUGGUGGAGAUGGCAAAACACGCAAACAAAAGAAAAGGGGGAAAGGUGGUUAUGAAGAUUAAAGACGGGACUCAGAAGACAUACGAGAAAAAAGAAAAUCUGUCCAAAGCACGACUCAGUUUGCGUCUAUUUGACAACACACAUGGCUUUCUUCUUGGGAAUGUAAUUUGCCUUCAUCACGGACCCGAAACGUUCCUUCCCUCACACUUUCUUCUCUGAUUGUUCUGGUCUUUACUUCAUUUCCAUGGCUUCUUCUCUCCCUUAGGUUCUUGUAUUAGGUCACUCUUUUAUUCGAAAGCUUCGGGAUGACCUUAAUUCGCAUUUCAAUUCACAGGCUGAUGACACGUUUGGUCUCUCAGAUCACGCCAUUGUUCAUUAACACGGCAAUGGCGGUCUUACUGUAGCGAGAUCGCACUGCGAUCUCGGAAUUGUUUCCUCUUUGUCCCCCAAAUUGUUAUUUUGGAACUAGGUAUGAAUUAUCUUGCUCGCCUUUGCCCUGAAGUUGCCGGCUCUGAAAUUGAAAAGUUAGUGUGCUUAUUCCUGCACACCUUUUCAGUUCGGAUCAUUGGUGUGUGCAAGGCAUUACCUCGUGUUAAAGCGCCCUUUUUCAACGGCGCUGCAUCCAUACUUAAUCAAUAUCUUUGUGGCGUUUUCUCUUUUCUCUUCGCAUGCUGUCUUCUUAACCACUUCACAUGUUCACUGGAUAAGCUUGUUGAUAAAGAUUUAGAUUUAGUUAGUCAUUUCUCCUGUUUUCGUGAAUUUGCUACUCAGGGCAGUUGUGGGACGAGCCAUGCUUGUCCUUGCCCAUUAUUAACUGACUAUACUUUAGAUUAUUUGGGGCAGUGUGGGGCUUGCUACUGCAGCAACUUAUGUUAGCCACGCUUGUCCUUGCCCGUCUUUGUUUAAUUUUAUUUAUUUGGGGCAGUUUGGGGCUUGCUAUUGCGGCAACUGACAUUAGCCAUGCUUGUCCUUGUCCGUCGUUGUUUAAUUUCAUUCUUCAGUUUUUAUGUUUUAUUUGGGGCAGUUUUGGGCUUUCCAAUGCUUUCCACCCUUGCCCAUCGUUGUUAUUGAGCCUGGUCCUCCAGUUUUAUUGCUGGGGCAGUUAUGGGACUUGCAGCUAUAACCAAUGGCUGUUUUACCCUUCCCCGUUUAUUACAAUGUUAACUGUUUUGCUGUUAAUGAGUUUGGGCCGUUUAGGAGGCUCACUGGAGCCGUAAAAGGAUGUUUGAGAGCAUCUUUGAUUUGGUUGUUUAAGAUUCAAGCAGCCUCUUUCUUUAAGAGCUGGUUUCUACCUUUUUCUUAUGGUUUUGUUUUUCAGAUGCCUCCCUGACGAUCUACUCGGUCGAAAUGACCUUCUAGCCAAGCCUUAGAGUCUUUUGUGGCUUCACCUCGGAGGAGGAGGCGUACCGCAGCUCAGAGUUCACAAUCCACUGGUAAUGACAGCAAACCAUCCCCUCAGUCAUCAGUUUUUCUUUCUAGGCCAUCUUCGCCUGCCGCCGAGCCUGCCAUUCCUGCAACCAGACUCGCCUUUCCUCCUACCCUGUUUGACCAGUUGGUUCAGUGGGAAGCAGCUGAGGUCACCAGACAGCUCCAGCCAACAUCUUUUUUGCCUGCUGUUCAGGAGUCCCAAGUGCCAUCUCCUGCCCCAACUGUAACGCCAUUAGACAUCAUAAAGACAUCAUCAAAUGACCAUGAAUGAACAUGAACAACCAUCAGAUAGCCCCAAAAAGAAGGACCACCCACCUCCACUCCAUCAGAGGAGAACAGAGAAGACGAUGAUGAUUCUGGAGAGCAGUACACCCUGCAAGAGCGUUACUUCACCUCAGCGAGACCCACCACUGAUAGGCACAGGUGGUAAAUAGCAUUUUACAACCACCUCAACCCUGCCUGAUGCUGGGAGCAAGAAGACAGGGAAUAGACUGCAGUAUCCUUCACAUAUCAACACCAUUCUGGAAGCCUACAUCCACACAGUUCCGAUCUAGAGGUGAUGUCCCGCGAUGAAGGGUAUAUAGUCUUGACAAACUGGGUAGACUUUAAAAUGAGCACCCUAACAACAGGCACCAUCAAUGCCUACCUUGGCACAUGAAAAAAUCCUGACUUUUGUCAUAGA